GAAUUUUCUUGACCGUGCAUUGUCCGCAUCCUCCCCAAAUAAAAACCCUAGUCCUUUUCUCCAUCCCCACGCCAACAGAAUUUCACCUGACGAAACCCUAGCCAUGAAUCAGCCUCCACCGCAACAAUCCCAUCUCGGCGCUGGCUACUACGGCCCUCCCAUCUAUGCCUACCCGCAGCCACCGCCGCCACCUAACGAACAUUUCCGCCGCCUCAUCACCAUCGCCAUCCGCGCCUUCAUCGCCUUUUGUGUCGCCUUCGGCCUCGCAAUCCUCAUACUCUGGCUCGUCUUCCGCCCCCAGAAGAUGCGAAUCGCCGUCUCCUCCGCCUCCUUACGCCGUUUCGACCUCACCUCCUCCUCCGGGACCCGAUUCCUCUCAUUCGACCUCUCCGCCAAUCUCACUUUCCGAAACCCUAACACUCGGGCCGGCAUCUAUUACGACUGGCUCGAAGCCGACGCCGAUUUCGAUGGGAUGCGAUUAGGGACGGCCGGUCUGCCGGUCUUUUACCAGGGUAGGAAGGAGACGAGGGAGGUGCCGGCUGUGUUCCAGGGACGGCUGGAGAUCGGUACUCCAAGCGGCAGCGAGGUGGAGUACCAGAGGGAUAACGCCACUGGAGUUUUUCCGGUGGAUUUGUGGAUAUUUGGGCGGAUCAGGUACAAGUUUGGGUCGGCGGUGACCAGAAGGUAUAUAAUGAGGGCAGUUUGCCCGGCGAGGCUUCCAUUGGGGAAGGUUGGAUUUUCCUAUACUGAUUGUAAGGUUUUGGAUCUUUAAAUUUUUUAAACGAUUUUGUGGAUGAAUUCUAGUUGUUCUUUUUUUGUGGUUUAAUGUUUAUAGCGUCACACUGCAAAGUUUAAAUUAUUGAUAUGCAUUUGGUGAUCUUAC